GCUAAAAAUGGAACUUGAUCCUACGUCACCCAUGUCCAUAGCUUCGGCGACUGAAAUGGAUGAUCCAUUUAUUCAGUACCUGACGAAAGGGAGCAUAAAUAGAUUAGAAGCGGAUAAACAACAAGAUUUGAACAAUAGGACUAUUUCUGGAAAAAAGUCCAGAAAGAAAACAAAGAAAUCUAAAGUUGAUACAAAUAAAAUCUAUAAAUGUAGCCAAUGUCCGUUCUCAACUUUAUACAGAUGCGAUUUUCGACGACACCUAGAGAGACACAAGAAGAAAAGCUUCGCCUGCUCCGAAUGCAAUAUGCCUUUCAUGACAUUAGGACAUUUAAACGGGCAUAAAGAAUCAGCACAUGGGAUAAAACGCCCAUCUGAUAAGAUUGUGUGGAGAAAUUGCGAGAAAUGCGAAUAUAAAACUAGGCACAGCUCGGAUAUGGCGAGACACAGGAGAAGGCAUGAUUCGGCACUAGACAGUUGUAAAUAUUGCCACCGACCUUUUUGUCACUUGGGCAGAUUAAAGGAGCAUAUAAAACGCGAGCAUGGUGAUACUGAUGUACAGUCAGCAAAUUCAAAUGAAAAGCGAAGUGUGGAAACAUGUAAAGAAGCAGAAAGUGUUACAGAAACAAACGAUGUGACAAAGUACAGAGUCAACGAUAACACUACGGAUAGGGAAUGUAAAGAUUCCUAUUCAGAAGAGGAAUGUAAGAUAUCAAACCAAAUGCAGGCAUUGAAACAAUGUGUCCUCUAUGAGGACGGAAGCUCAAGGCAAAAAAGUGUAAAUAAUAAACGCGGUAGGGACAAAGUAACAUUUAAGAAGAAAAACAAACCAUCGCAAACAGGAAAAGAUUCAGCUGACCUCUAUACAGAAAACGCUGACAAGACAGGAAAAGAUAUUCGUUCAGUUAUUGGAAAGACAAAUAAAAUGAUAUGUCAACACGACCUCACCUGUCAAGAAGAAAAAAAUUCUAAAAGAGUAGAUCCGAGACAAAUGAAAAAGUGUGCAUUCUGUGGCUUUAGUACGUCGUUUUAUAAUGAUCUGAAACAGCAUCUAGACGAACAUGAUAUUGUUGAAUUAUCCGAUGAAAGUGACACAGACAUUGAACGAGUGAGCAGGGAAAAUGACCUUGAUAACGUAAAUGUAGACUAUGUUGAAAAUAGUAAUCUUUCUGGAAGAAGCAUAACUAUAAUCGAUGAUGAAGUUAACAUGAUGUUACAUGAAGUAGAAGACAGUACUCGAUCUGCAUCGGAAAGUGAUGAGGCGUUUAUUCAAGACGUAGAAACUUCAAACACGAAUAAUGACUUGCAACAAAGCGAUACAGAUAGCGAUACAGAUGUAGACGACGAAAUGGAAACUGAAGACGAUGUUCCAAUCAGUUAAAAACGCUACAA